AUGGAGAGUAUUAGUGUGCUAAAAGUCCGAAAGGACCGAACCUCAACAACAAAAACCAAGACCUCGAAAGGGGAGGUCUUUCUGCAACUCAAACUCAGGGGAGUGCAGCUCCUUGCCCGAAGAACAGUACAUCUUUAUCGGUUUGAUCGAGUGCGCAGUUUCGGGAGGGAUGCUCAUGGAGCGGUGAGGGAGGAAGGGGACAUCCCCCUCGCCAGCCAGAUCAGCCGAAUCAAUCCUGGAGAUCCGUGGAGUAACAUGUCACAGCCAGAUCACCCUCACAUUUUGGAUCCAGCUUCCAAAGGGGCGGGAGAAGCAGGAGGAGGAGGAGAAGGAGGAGAAGGAGGGGGGAUAUCCCCGCUCUCCCACGUGGUCCCGGUGCCUGUGAAUCGCGCCUGCCGGAGGGUCUCACAGCGAAAUACAAAAGCGGCUGCGAAGCGGCUGGGAGGAGAGUUCCCAGCGCUCGGCCCAGUCGGAGCGGGAGCCGGAGCGGGGCCAAGCACAGCCGCGGCAGCAACAGUAGCAGCCUCAGCCUCGGCGGCAGCAGCAGCCUCUGCCUCAGCCUCGGCAGCGGCGGCGGCAGCGGCAGCGGCGCCGGAGCCCCGCAGCCACCAUGGGGCACAGGCGCCGCGGGCCCGGCAGCUACCCGGCUGCUGGGGAGGCAUCACCGCCGGGGCCCCGGCCCCGGGGCUCGGCUUGAAGCAGCGGCACCAGCCCGCCCCCGGAGCCCCUAUAGGCUGGAGGAUGCGGGGGCCCGGCCGCGUCGCCGCCACACUCGGGCUCUGGCUCUUGGCGCUGGGUUCGCUCCUGGCGCUGUGGACCGGGCUCGCUCAGCGGGCGGAGCAGCGCCCCUUCCCCGGGCUGGGGCUUCUGCGCUCCGGGCGGAGCAGCGCGGAUCGUGCGGCGUCGCCGGCUCUGCACCUUCCCCGUCUACGGCUGAGGGACGCCCCCGGCGGCCCCGCGAAAACUUUCCGGGCGCUGCUCACCGUGCCGGCCGCCGGGGAGAGUCCGCCCCGGCGCCUCCCGGAGCCGGCGAAGCGCAGGCAGCCGGGGCACGUGCAGGAGCCCCGGCGGGGCGGCCCAGCCGCCGUGCAGGGGGGGAUCUUCUGGAGCCGGGGCCUAGAGGAGCAGGUGCCCCGCGGCUUCUCGGAGGGGCAGGCGGCGUCCUGGCUGGAGGCGGCACGCGGGGCUCGGGUGGUGGCCCUGGAGCGCGGGGGCUGCGGGCGCAGCUCCAACCGGCUGGCCCGCUUCGCCGACGGCACCCGCGCCUGCGUACGCUACGGCAUCAACCCGGAGCAGAUACAGGGCGAGGCCCUGUCCUACUACCUGGCCCGGCUGCUGGGCCUCCAGCGCCACGUGCCCCCGCUGGCGCUGGCGCGGGUGGAGCCGCGGGGCGCGCAGUGGGCGCAGGUGCAGGACGAGCUGCGCGGCGCGCACUGGGCCGAGGGCAGCGUGGUGAGCCUGACCCGCUGGCUGCCCAACCUCACCGACGUGGUGGCUCCCGCUCCCUGGCGCUCGGAGGACGGGCGCCUGCGGCCCCUGCGCGGCGGCGGGGGCGAGCUGGCCAACCGCAGCGAGCCCGAGCUGGUGGAGCUGGUGCAGUGGACCGACCUGAUUCUCUUCGACUACCUGACGGCCAACUUCGACCGCCUGGUCAGCAACCUCUUCAGCCUCCAGUGGGACCCGCGGGUCAUGCAGCGGGCCACCAGCAACCUGCACCGCGGUCCCGAAGGCGGACUGGUCUUCAUAGACAACGAGGCCGGCCUGGUGCACGGCUACCGGGUGGCCGGCAUGUGGGACAAGUACAACGAGCCGCUGCUCAAGUCGGUGUGCGUCUUCCGCCAGCGCACCGCCCAGCUGGUCCUGGAGCUGCACCGGGGCCAGGACGCCGCCGCGCGGCUCCUGCGCCUGUACCGGCGGCACGAGCCGCGCUUCCCGGAGCUGGGCGCCCUGGCCGAGCCCCACGCGCAGCUGCUGCAGCGCCGCCUCGACUUCCUUUCCAAGCACAUUUUGCACUGCAAGGCCAAGUACGGCGGACCGUGACUUGGGACCAGAGCUGUGGGGGGGUGCGCUGGGAUGGAAAGGUACCGGACAGCUGCGCUUUGGAGGGAAGCUUGGAUGGGCCGUCUGGG